AGUGGCAAACGAAGGGUGGGGGGGGGCAGUCUGAUAAAUAGAUCCUUUUUAUUAACAGAUAUUCUGAGUGUCUGCCACAACAAAGCUACUGAUUUGAAUUCUAGCUAACACACCGACAUUUCGUUAACAUAAACGUUACUAAGCUAGCUUCAAAAUAAGGUGCCAGAUGUGUGAUUGAAAGAGAUCAAGUUGCCAAUCUGCGUUUACUGCGUGUACACAGUACCGUAUGAAUUGCAGUAAGCUGUUCUGAUUAUAGUUUAUAGCUCAAACUAAAGCAGCCAAGUGCUUGUUAUGUAGCCUACCUGUUUUGAUAAAAGUAAUUCUAACACCUGUUAGUCUCACAACACAAUUCAGCACAACACACUGCAUCCUCCAAAUUGACCAGUUGAAUUAGCACCUCACAAAAACUGAACAUUAUAGCCCUCAUAAAGGUAGUAUUUAUUACAGGACUGUUGUAUUAGACUGCAUGCGCUUUAGCUACAGUAGGUGUACCUAAUAAACUGGCAUUGAGUGUGUGUGCCACCAUGUAGGUCCGACUGAACAUACUUGUUAUACUUGUUUAUUGGCUUAAGAUUUACAGUUUAUGGUUACUUUCAGUGAGUUUUAUCGAUUUGAGUAAGCUGGACAUUGUUUCUGGAUAGACUUGAAGAGGAAUUGUUUUAUAUUGGCUUGGAUAUCUCAAAAUCCUUUGUGAUUUGGGUGAAUGAAUCUUCAGUUAGACUAGCCUCAGUUCAGUGCAGUGAUGACAGCAUUCAACAGAAAGAAUCUGAAAUCAUCAGGACGAGAACACAUUUCUGAAUUAAACAAUCAUGCGACAAAAUGUUUCUUGAAAGUAUUGAGCAGAUGCUGGCUGUGAAUCCCGGAAAGACGCCGAUCAGUCUGCUGCAGGAGUAUGGAACGCGGAUAGGCAAGACCCCAGUGUAUGACCUGCUGAAGGCCGAGGGACAGGCCCACCAGCCCAACUUCACGUUCCGUGUCUCCGUCGGAGAGAUCACCUGCACCGGCCAAGGGCCCAGCAAGAAGGCAGCCAAGCACAAAGCAGCCGAGGCUGCUCUGAAGAUGCUCAAGGAAGGUCUUGGAGGUCCCGUUGGAGUUAGUGUUGGAGUAGACGGGUUUACUGGGGUUGGCGCGUCUACUGAUGGAGAGAGCUCGAAGCCAGAGAUGAAGACUUCAAGCAUUUCCCAGCAGUCUGAAUGUAACCCUGUAGGAGCUCUUCAGGAAUUGGUGGUGCAGAAAGGAUGGCGUUUGCCAGAGUACACAGUCACCCAAGAGUCUGGUCCAGCACACCGCAAGGAGUUCACCAUGACCUGCAGAGUCGAGAGAUUUGUGGAAAUCGGAAGUGGAACCUCCAAGAAGCUAGCAAAGAGAAACGCAGCAGCCAAGAUGUUAUCGCGUAUACACGACGUCCCCGUCGACCUGAGGACCGUCAACGAAGCUGACGUCGAAGAGGACACGUUCAACAUGCACAUGGGGAGCAGAGCUGAGACGGGCAAAAGUAAAGGCUUCUGCUGCACGUGGGACUCUCUACGUAACUCUGCUGGAGAGAAGAUCCUCCAGCUCCGCAGCCACCCUCUGGGCAUGCCCACUGACUCCAACUUCUGCUCUUUGCUUGGUGACCUCUCUAUGGAGCAGCGCUUUGACGUCAGUUACCUGGAUCUAGAGGAGCGCAGUCUCAGCGGCCUUUGCCAGUGUCUAGUGGAGCUGUCCACACAGCCAAUCACAGUGUGUCAUGGCUUUGCUCUGAGCGCAGAUGCAGCUCGAGCCAAUGCAGCCCACAAUGCACUGCAGUACCUCAAAAUCAUGGCUGGGGGGAAGUGAUGUCCUCUUCCUCCUCACAGACUCGAACUCACCACCACACGAUGCCAGGAUAAAAUUCCUCUUUUGAAGACGGAGGCACUUUUGUGAAGUUCAAAUAACGUGAAUUACCUCAAAUGUGGAAAUAUUUAGACUUUUUCUGUCCCCCAAUUAACCCCCGGAACCUUUUGUUUUCUUCUUUUUUGGUCACGUGGAGUUCUUAUUAAUGGAAAUGAAGAUUUAGUUGCCCAAAGCCUCGAACCCCUCUGCUUUACAUUUUUGCAUUAUUGUCCCAAAUUAUUUUAAAAUGCAUUUUUUGUUUUUGCUCGACAUCCAUACGCAGCAAACUGAAAUUUAAAGUCUGUGUCUGAAAUCAUGAAUGUUGCUCAUGCAGGGAGUUCCCAAAUAACUGCAGAGAAAUCCUGAUUCAACAGAAAGUGCGAAAGUUUCUAGAAAUUGGGUUAUGGAAUCCCCAAUUACUGGGGCUUCGUUUAAACCCAGAUCAUUUAUGGAGGAAAUAAUUCCAGCCAUGUGCCGACACACGGAGAGAAAAGGACUCUGCUGAAUAAACAUCAGAGGAUAAUUAUUUUGAAGACUGACCUGUUUUCAGAUGAGCUUCUAUGAGAGGAUGUGGCUUUUGUUGUAUAUUCAAUUGAGCCCUAAAAAUACUGUUGGAUGUUGAUGUUGGGCCUUUAAGAUCAGAAUUUAGAAAAAUGUUACGAACUGAAUUUUGUAUAUCCAAUUUAAUCUAUCCAAAGUAGAAAUGGUGAAAAAGAUCAGUUCAUUUGAUGGAUGAAUUAUCCUUGUCAUGUGACAUUUUGCCCCCUUUUUUUGUUUUUAUAGACUUCCUUGAAAUAAAUUGGGCUUAUGUUGAUCGCUUACAGAGCAGUAAGAGAGAAACUACUAGUACUGUGUGUGCUUUUUAAUUGUGAGGAUCAUUUCAUCCUAACUAAAUUUGAGUAAUUGGUCCCAGUUCCUCCUGAAUGUGCCAACGACUGUAAAGUGUAAUCAUCACUGCUUUAGCUUCUUUCAGCACACAGUCUUUGCAUGAAGAGUAAAUCCAUUUCAGUGUAAGACAAAGAUAACUGAAGUACUGAGUCUUCUGAUAAAGCUAGUUACCUUUUCGAUUUUCAAUAUCCUAGACCAGACAAACCAACCAACCACAUAUUGUUAUGUGGAGUUUCGAUGUCUUUUGUGCUCAUUUUGCCCGGUAUUUAAACCCCUGUGAUUGCUUUUCUGUCAAUGUGACUGGUUCCUGUGAUAAUAUGUGAAAAUUGAUGAUUUUCUCCAACUACUUGCUGUGUCUCGGUGUAAGGACUCAUUACCACCCACCUUGCUGUAUUUGUAUUGAUAUAUACUGCCUUGCACUCAGCUGGAAUAAGUAUUGAAAAUAGUGAACGGUUUGCACUACUUGACAAGAUAAUGCCCUUUGCACAAUGCAGGCUGACCACGUUUCAGUACACCUCCUCCCACUGGUGUGUUUGAUGUUAACCUCAUUCUCUGCAAAGGCACAUCUGCAUCAUGGUUUUCUGAUAAUUCAAAUAAGGAACUUAUGCUGUUUUUUUAUGGUGCGUUACCAUUGACGUCUACGCUGACAUGAAUACAUUUGAGAUGAGACUUCUUUGUUGUGGUGGUAGAAAAUGUUUCCCAGUUUUAGAGAAACGAUGAACUAAAAUGUGAGCUGGUGAAAUUUACUUUGUUUCCAAUAAAACACUUUUGUACAUUU